ACGAAGGGCUGCGCCUGUCACCCCCGCGUCCCGGACUUGCUGUGGAGAGCCCGGCGCCAUGGCGGUUCUGUUGGAGACCACUCUGGGAGACGUGGUCAUCGACUUGUACACGGAGGAGCGGCCGCGCGCCUGCUUGAAUUUCUUGAAGUUAUGCAAAAUGAAAUAUUACAACUAUUGCCUUAUUCACAAUGUACAGAGAGAUUUCAUCAUACAAACUGGUGAUCCUACAGGGACUGGCCGUGGAGGGGAAUCUAUUUUUGGACAACUAUAUGGUGAUCAAGCAAGCUUCUUUGAGGCAGAAAAAGUGCCAAGAAUUAAGCACAAGAAGAAAGGCACUGUAUCCAUGGUGAACAAUGGCAGCGGUCAGCAUGGUUCUCAGUUUCUUAUUACUACAGGAGAAAACCUAGAUUACCUUGAUGGUGUUCAUACAGUGUUUGGGGAGGUGACAGAAGGCAUGGACAUAGUCAAGAAAAUUAAUGAGACCUUUGUUGACAAGGAUUUUGUACCUUACCAAGAUAUCAGGAUAAAUCAUACAGUGAUUUUAGAUGAUCCAUUUGAUGACCCUCCUGAUUUAUUAAUUCCUGAUCGAUCACCAGAACCCACAAGGGAACAGUUAGACAGUGGUCGAAUAGGAGCAGAUGAAGAAAUUGAUGACUUCAAGGGAAGAUCAGCUGAGGAAGUAGAAGAAAUAAAGGCAGAAAAAGAGGCCAAAACACAAGCUAUUCUUUUAGAGAUGGUGGGAGACCUACCUGAUGCAGAUAUUAAACCUCCAGAAAAUGUGCUAUUUGUGUGUAAACUGAACCCAGUGACUACAGAUGAGGAUCUGGAAAUAAUAUUCUCAAGAUUUGGGCCAAUAAGAAGUUGUGAAGUUAUCCGGGAUUGGAAAACAGGAGAGUCCCUCUGUUAUGCUUUUAUUGAAUUUGAAAAGGAAGAAGAUUGUGAAAAAGCAUUCUUCAAAAUGGAUAAUGUACUUAUAGAUGACAGAAGAAUACAUGUGGAUUUUAGCCAGUCUGUUGCAAAGGUUAAAUGGAAAGGAAAAGGUGGGAAAUACACCAAGAGUGAUUUCAAGGAGUAUGAAAAGGAGCAGGAUAAGUCAUCCAAUUUGGUUCUGAAAGAUAAAGUAAAGCCCAAACAGGAUGCAAAAUAUGAUCUUAUACUCGAUGAGCAGGCAGAAGACUCAAAAUCAAGUCACUCCCAUACAAGUAAAAAACAUAAGAAAAAAACACGCCAUUGCUCUGAAGAAAAAGAAGAUGAAGAUUACAUGCCAAUCAGAAAUACUAACCAGGAUAUCUACAGGGAGAUGGGGUUUGGUCACUAUGAAGAAGAAGAAGCCUGUUGGGAGAAGCAAAAGAGUGAGAAGAGAGACCGGCCUCAGAAGCGUAGUCGUAGUCGAUCUCGAGAUAGGGAUGGCCACUACGGCCACAGCCACAAGUCCAGAUACCAAGCAGAUCCGUAUGAGAGAGAAAGAAGCAAGAAGAGAGAACGAAGCAGAAGUCCAAAGAAAUCCAAAGACAAAGAAAAAUCUAAGUACAGAUGAAAAGUGAAGAGUUUACUCUUGCCUAACUUAAGAAACUGGAGACAUGUCCACCCACAGUUUUGUCAAAGCAGUUAUAAACUCUGCUUCUUGUUGUGUUUUCUUUCAUAUUAGGAUUAUGGCCCUUUUAGAUUGAUAACAUAGGGCUCUGAAAGAUAACUGAACAGUUUUUUGUGUAUCUUUUUUUAUACUAAUUUUGUUGUUACACCUAAGUGGCAGAAUUCAUUUUCAAUGUCUUUUACUCUUGUUUUUAACAUGCAGUAUUUCAUACUACAAAAGACACAAACAUGUAUAGAUAGUAUAAAGAAUAAUAAAUAUAAAUAUCUGUGUACCCAUCA